AUGAUUAUUGAACUACCAGACGAUUAUGAUAUAUCUAAUGAUAAAGAUAUUGUAAAGAGCAACCAUUCACAAAAAACUGGGCCAAACUCCAAUAGCAGCUCUAUUCCAAACGUUGCCAUUAUCUCAUCCAAUCAAGUCCAACCAGAUAGCACCAUGGUAGUCGCAGCUAUAGCCGCAGAGAAUGCUGAACUAAAAAAAGAUGAAUUGCAUUCACCGCCGCUUAUUACAGAGAUUCCUAGCCAUGUAUCUAUCAAAACAGAUGUUGGUGUGCCUACUGCUGCUUCUGACCGCAAAAAGUUUAGCUUUACCUAUUUGAAGGAUGCCAAGUUCCCUGGGUUUGAUGACAAGGAAACUCAAGCUUGUCUUUUCAAAUGGGGCAUGCAGGACCAUUGCUACAUCAAACGCUUUACAUACGACCAGUAUCUCAAACCAUACGACAUUGAUAUGUUUCUUCUCGAUUUCUUCAAUGCUAAUCCACAAAUCAAGGUUCAAGGAACAAUGGACCGUUGGGGAACGCUUGGAAAUGUAACCAACGUGUCCAAGGAGGAAACAAACCAUACCAUCACAUCUCUUGAUUUCUUUGAUCGUCUUCUGACCAAUGGAAUUGUCAGAUCGAAUGGACAAAUUACAAAGUGUAUGGAUGAAUACCACGACUCGUUUUUGGUUGCCGAUAAUCUCCGUAAAUGUCUGUUGAUGCCCGAGUUUGACCUAUAUGACCUGUUUUCGCCUGAUGACAGGCGCGAGUUUAUUUUCCAUGUAUUUCAAGCAAUGUGUCUUGGUGGUCGCCUGUGUCAGUACGAAAAUGAUCUUGAGCCAUAUUUGCAAGUUACAAAAAAACUUUACAAGGAUCUAAUCACGGUGGUCAAGGAUCCAUUGACAAACAAACUUAAAGUUGCUUCGUUUAUUUACAAAAUCACUCAGGUCAAAUCCUCAGUAUCUCAGCUGUUUCCUCUGGAGCAUCCUCAAAACUUUUGCUAUGUCAGUAUUGAUCCUAUGCGUCGCCAUAUCAAUUUGCUUUACCAUGCCUCUGCUGUUUACUAUUAGCGCUAAACAAGGAUACCAAAAUACAUAAUAAACCGUCAGUCUCAUGAAAUGGUUGGCGUUGAUUUGUUGCACAGCAUUGCGUCCACUCGACCACUUACAGCUAGCGACAAAUGAUAUGAAAAUGGAUAUGCAAAAUAAAUAUAAAACUGUCAGUAU